CUGGCCUCUGAGCGAAGGCGCCGCUGCCGCUGGGUUACUCCCAGGGCCAUGAGGAGGCGGCGGCAGCCACCGCGGCCCGCGUCAAGGUGACCGGCCGGGACUGCGGAGGCAGCAAGAGCGUCGGACUCCUCAGGCAGGUUAUGUCACCGGCAGAGGCUGCGUUGAAGCUCCCUGUGGCCUGGAGACUAUGUACAAGAAGAAUGGUCUGAUGGCUAGCGUGUUGGUCACCUCCGCCACUCCACAGGGCAGCAGCAGCUCAGACUCUCUGGAGGGCCAGAGCUGCGACUAUGCCAGCAAGAGCUAUGAUGCGGUCGUUUUUGAUGUGUUGAAAGUGACUCCCGAGGAGUUUGCCAGCCAGAUCACCCUGAUGGACAUCCCUGUGUUUAAAGCCAUCCAGCCAGAGGAACUAGCCAGCUGUGGGUGGAGUAAGAAGGAGAAACAUAGUCUUGCCCCUAACGUUGUGGCCUUUACCCGGAGGUUCAACCAGGUCAGUUUUUGGGUUGUACGAGAAAUUCUGACAGCACAGACUUUAAAAAUAAGGGCAGAAAUCCUGAGCCAUUUUGUGAAAAUAGCCAAGAAACUUCUAGAACUCAACAACCUUCAUUCUCUCAUGUCUGUGGUGUCAGCAUUACAAAGUGCUCCCAUCUUCAGGCUGACAAAAACCUGGGCUCUUUUGAAUCGCAAAGACAAGACCACCUUUGAGAAAUUGGACUACCUGAUGUCCAAAGAAGAUAAUUAUAAGCGGACUCGGGAGUACAUCCGGAGCCUGAAGAUGGCGCCCAGCAUCCCCUAUCUAGGGAUCUAUCUUCUGGAUUUAAUCUACAUUGAUUCUGCAUAUCCUGCCUCAGGCAGCAUCAUGGAAAACGAACAAAGAUCUAAUCAGAUGAACAAUAUUCUCCGAAUCAUCGCAGAUUUACAAGUUUCCUGCAGCUAUGAUCACCUCGCCACCCUGCCCCAUGUGCAGAAGUACCUGAAAUCCGUCCGUUACAUCGAGGAGCUACAGAAGUUUGUGGAGGAUGAUAACUACAAGCUGUCACUCAGAAUUGAACCAGGAAGCAGCUCUCCAAGACUAGUCUCUUCCAAGGAAGAUCUUGCAGGCCCCUCCACAGGCUCCAGCUCAGCAAGGUUCCGCCGGAGGCCCACCUGUCCUGAUACAUCUGUGGCCGGCAGCCUCCCCACCCCACCAGUGCCCAGACACAGGAAGAGCCACAGCCUGGGCAACAAUAUGAUGUGUCAGUUGAGUGUAGUUGAGAGUAAAAGUGCGACAUUCCCAUCGGAGAAAGCCAGGCACCUUCUGGACGACAGUGUCCUAGAGUCCCGCAGCCCCCGCAGGGGCCUCGCCCUCACCUCCUCUGCUGUCACCAAUGGACUCUCCCUAGGCAGUAGUGAGAGCUCAGAGUUUAGUGAAGAGAUGUCUGCAGGGCUGGAAAGCAGGGGACGUCUCUAUGCCACACUGGGGCCCAACUGGCGGGUUCCAGUUAGGAAUUCUCCCAGAACCAGAAGCUGUGUCUACAGCCCCACAAGCCCAUGCACCUGCACCGUGGGGAGCUCAGCUACUAUGCCCACCAUGGAGGGGCCUCUAAGAAGGAAAACCCUGCUCAAAGAAGGCCGGAAGCCUGCGCUGUCCUCGUGGACCAGGUACUGGGUCGUACUCUCAGGAUCCACCCUUCUGUACUACGGAGCCAAGUCCUUGCGCGGCACAGACAGAAAGCAUUAUAAAUCCACACCCGGCAAGAAGGUCUCCAUCAUGGGCUGGAUGGUGCAGCUGCCUGACGACCCUGAGCACCCAGAUAUCUUCCAGCUGAAUAACCCUGACAAAGGCAAUGUUUACAAGUUCCAGACUGGUUCUCGAUUUCAUGCAAUACUGUGGCACAAGCAUUUGGAUGAUGCAUGUAAAAGCAACAGGCCUCAGGUACCUGCCAACCUUAUGUCAUUUGAGUAAGUCUCUACAGGAGUUGGUGUGACUGCAAAGGCUUCUGGGAGCCUGGACUGGGCCUGGUGGAGAAAGGCAGCCCUGAGCAUAGGCUAUGGGCCAGGACACUAAGGAGCCUCACAACUAGAUUCAAGAGACACCGCCUGCAGCCUCAGAGUCUCUGAGGGCUUCCCCAGUGUGGGAUCCACCUGUCACCCCAGCGACUCUCAUGACUCAUUCCGCAGCACCACCUUGCAGGGUGGUGGUCAGACGCCAAACUGCACAGCCCGCACUGUCUCUCUGGACCAUUUGUCUAUCCACCAGCUGCUUCUGCGACUAGGGAGCAUUUGACCCAUGUUGGGUUCUUCGUGCUUUCUGCUGCACACACAGAGUGGACGGCACUUAUCUGCGAGAAGGCCAGAGAGCAGGGACAGGCUGAGGGACAGGCCUGUUACACCCCAAGGACACAGGCCGCUCGCCUACAGGGCUGCCUCAGAUUUUGUACACCCCCAAAGCAUCCUCUGCGUGUAUGUGCUGUACAUGUGUGUGUGCAAGCGUGAACUCUGAGAAAUAUGCAUUUUGGCACAAGACUUGUGACAUCACACAUUUCAUUUGCUUUGAGGCCCUGCUCAAACCUUUAGUUAUAGCCUUGUCCUCCAAGAAAAGCCUAAGCGGAGUCUAGAAACCCCGUGUUAAGGGUCCCUGUGUUCCUUUACUGUAAACAAACAAUGCCUUAAAUUGUGUCUUGUUUUCUUUUCCUAUGGGUGCUAUUCAUCUGGAAGGCCUGUUCCCUGAGCCCCAGGCCCUCCUGAGUCUUACUGCUGAAGUCCCUCCUGAGGUGGGUCCCAGCUCAGGACUGGCCGGCUUGCUUCCUCCCAUGUGCUCUCCUAGCAAGGCCUGGGGCUCUUCUUAUCUCACCCGCUUCCACUGAGCCCACUUGGGAAGUUGUGGCAUUUUCUCCCAGUAGCUCAGAGUCCACUGUGUCCACAGACCUCCCCCACCAGGCAGAGCUUUGCUCCCAUCAUCCCACCCCUUGACCUCCACUGCCAGGGCAGGCUUCCCAGGACUCUGGGUCACACAGGGAGCUAAGUGACAGGAAGUCUUAAGCUCCUUCAGUCUUACUGUCAAAAGCAGUCACCAGCAAGUUCUCCAUCUGAGUCUAAGGGCCCAGUUAUUGAUGACCAGGUGAUAAGAUAGCCAAGCCCUGGGGAGUGGAUGGUCCAAACUCUGCUUUCAGUUACAAGCAUUUCCGACGAACAUACUGUGAGGGAUUUUCAUUUUGCACAGAGAUAUUUCUAUCCAAAUUGUUCUUUAUCAUCAUAGCUACUCUUUCUCCCUCUCCUCUCCCUCCUUGAAUUUGAGCAUCCUAGCCUGGAGAAGAAAACCCUCAGUUUUCUUGAAAGAGGCUAAAUUUCUGGGUUCUUGUCAGAACCACACUAACCAGUCAUCAAACUACCCCAGGGUUUCUUGGCAAGAAGAUUCAGUCAUCUUAACUGCUGAACUGUAAUAGGUCAAUGUUUCAAGCACCAAAGGACCCACCACUGUAUCCUGAGCAAAUGGUGACACUUCUCUAAAGAUGUGAAGGACUUGGUGGAGCAAGUGGUGGUCACCAGGAUGGUACUUUUUGGUUGAGCCUUACUAUGUUCAGAAAUCAAUUUUCCGGUGGAGUAGGCACUGGAUACUUUCAUGCCAAGAGAAACUCCAGAUGGUAAAGUCAGUACCAUCAAACCUUGACCACAGCUGCCUUGCACAUUCACCCAGACCAGGGGUUCUGUUGUGUAUACCCGAUUCUACAAGCAAUUCUUCCAAUUGGCAUUGAGAGGCUGAGUGACAAUGCCAACACUGCAGCCAGCCUCAACCAGAACCAUGCCAUGGUCACACUUUCACCUUCUAAGAGUCAAACACUUGGAUGAAAUGCAGGACUGGAACAUCAGCUCGUGUUUCCCUUGGGUUUCUCCAUUCGUCAGACUAUCCCAUGUUCUCACACAUGAAAUAUUAAAUGCCAAAAGCUCCAGGAUUUCAUACCCCAGUAAAUCAGAUCUUGUUCUGCCCUUUAUACAUUUUUCUUACCCCGUACAAGUAUUUUCUUUUGAGCUUAAUUUGAAAGAACACAAUCUCUGUUCUUGUCAAAGUGUCAAAUCUUCUCACUACUUGAGACUGAGUUCACCUCCUCUCUCAGAAGGCACUGGACUCUUGGAGAAACUGCUUGGACUUUUUAGCAACAGCAUUGUCAGACUUGUGAGAAAAAGCCUUGAAUGUAGCAGGAGACCUGAACGGAGAUGGAGUUGAAAGAAACUCAACUCCCAAGCAGGAGUUUAGGCCAGAUACGUGAGGUCAAUGCUGGUGGUCUUCCCAGUGCCUGCCUGCCUGCCCCGCAGGCUGCAGGGGAGGAGACCUGCAGGCUUGGCAGUUAAGGCCAUGCAUAAGCCACGGAGGCAGAAGGCUUUCAGUGAUUCUCACCCUGGAGUGUUUUUCUUCUUAACUGUCCACAGUGCAUAAGGAUUUGUAAAACCAUUGAAGGUGUUAUGUCUUGCAUGAAGGUACUGUAAUUUUAUUUAAGCAAACAGAAGGUGGUACCCCAAAGUCAAAGCUGUAGAAUGCUUUCUCCAAACUGGAGACUGGAUUUGGCAGAGACAUUGCACUAAAUGUGCCAGUAAAAAGAGUGUGGCCACCUCCCCUCCCCUAACCAGACACCAGAACACUUGAUGAAAUUGCCAAGGAAAGAACCUAUCCUGUCUUGCCAACCAAUCACUAGGGCAUUUCUUUUUCUUACAGAAAUGGCCAGGAGUUCUUUCAUCAUCUUAUUUUCACUUCCUAAGCCCAAGAAAGGUGUACCUUUUUAGAAUGCCAUUUCAUGGCUGGAAAACAGCCCAUAAUAUCAGAGGCUGAUUGCAAGCCAAGCCUGCCAGUGGGUUCCAGAGCUCAGCAGCCACCACAUGAACAUUGCCAAAAGAAUAGCUUCUCUUCUCUGUGACCCCCACAAGUGACUUUAACCAGCUCUAUGCCAUUUGUUGAAAAAAGAAAACACUACAUGAAUCCCUUUGAAAUAAUAGAUUCAUUGCAUAAGCAUCAUUUAGUCAUUCAUUCAUUCAUUCAUUCACGUCUGUAACAAGUGCUUCCCAUGUGCCAGGCUUAAACCAGGAUGUAAAUGGCCAGAAACAAGACAAAUCCAAUUUCUGUCCUUGUGGAACUGACCACUCAAUGAACAAAUAAUUCCCCAUCUCACCCCAACCCUUAAGCAAGAUCCUGCCUCAUCCAUAGCCCUGGAUACCAAUCCUAUGUGAAGGUUCUUCCAGAAAGUCUUCAAGAGGCCCCAAUAGACUGAAUGGGCUUGCUGUGUGAAUCAGUUACAUUGGUAAUUGGUGGGAGUCACUGCACUGAAGGCUGGCUGGCUCUGAGCAAUCAGGCACAGAGGAGCUGUGUUCAGAAUAGUGUAGGGAGGACUCCAAAGGCAGCAUAAGAGAGUAGGGUCAGAAUGCUCACAGUAUUUACUUCACAGGCUUUUUGUCUUUAACUUCAGUGUUAAAUUUAAAUACAGUAUGAGCUGCAUGUUCUUGGGAGGUGAGAACUUGUACCUUGGACUUUAGUCCACCUUGUAACCCUCUGCUGCACAAGCGUGUAUACCAUGGGCAGCCCUAAAUCCCUGUGUAAGCAGCAAGGUGGAUAGAUCACCUAUCCAUUUUGUAACCAUCAGUCUAUUCAUUUCUGAAUGACCAUUCAGUAGUGAAAUAAUAAUAAAUUUAUUAGUAUGGUAUAACCUUUAAUAAAUUUUGUGCCAAAAUGCAUGGUUUUCCACUUAGCAUUCAAAAUGUUGCAUAGAGAAUAGUUUUCAAUUUCUUAUGUAUCCUAAGUAAGUUGAGAAUCAAUUUCUACAUUUUAGUUCAUUUCUUGUUAAAUCUGUUGCAUUCUCCCAGGCUGUCUUUUUUUUCCAGAAGACCCUGCAUGCAGUUGUAUAAGGACUUUCUCUAAUACUUGUGAAUUGUCUCACUCGCAGUAACCACUGAACAUCAGCCCUCCGUGGGAUUCUUUAGAUUUUUGGUGAAGUAUUUUGUUACCUCAGUCUUGUACCAAGUUGCUGUAUUUUUCAGCUUGUUACACUGAUAAUUGUUUCACUAAUUAAAUACUUUAAUGUACAGACAUCUUUGUUUACUUUGAAAUUAAAUGUGUUUUCCAAUGAA